AUGGCUCCCCAACCACUGCCGCCCGGACUGCAGCAAGAAUACGAUAGUUUUUGGCAAGAGAUCUUAAUGAAGCUCCUGCAAGAGAUCAGAACGUUAGGGACUACAAUUUUCCGCACAGUAAACAGUCAAGCUUCUGGCCAGCCCAGCGAGACGCGGUCCGGCAAGUUUCCCGGGACGAACGAGUUGAGUAACGAUAUCUCAGUGCACCUAGAAGAAGUCGCCGAGCAAUUCGUCCGGAGCAUCGAUGCCGAGUUCAACCGGCGCUUCUCCUCGCUAAGCGUAUCCACGGAGCCCGGUCCGAUUCAAGGUGACGCUACCGCCGGCGGUAGCGCAAGGGCACGGAUUGAUACGCGUCCGAGAGAGACGAGCAUCCGACUGACCAAGGAUGUGCAUUGGGCCGAUCUCCAAAAAGCGAUCAAGUCGCCCGAAGAUCAUGACCUCCUUGGGGUGAAGUACACAUCUGGCCAGGCUGGCAAGGGGUUCUCACGACUCACGACAUCUAUGCGGACAGAAUUCGAGUUCCCCAAUUUUGAAGCCAUAAACGGUCCUUUGAAAUCCGACAUCGACAUGUACCUUCAGCAACUGACUAACAAUCCCCCAAAGCGGCCGAUUCCGUAUUAUGUCGGGCCUGUCGCUGAGUAG